CGUGCGUUUUGGAUCAGAUCUGUGCUUGCAUCUUCAUUUACUGUUUUUUCACUACUAUACACUCAAUUUUGAUCAUUAUUCUUUCAUGGAUCGCUCUUCCUUUUAUUUAUUUUUUUGGUGAACAGUUCAAGUUUGAGCUGUGCACUUUGAUUCAUCGGCAGAGUAAUUGAUAUGAGUUCAGUUCGUUAUUGUUCAUUUAAGUAGAAGGCAUUGUUGGUUCAAUUGGUACUGUUGCGCCAGUCGAUGUAUUACAGUAUUAGUGCUAAUUUCAGCUGGUGGAUUUUCAUGAUCUGGUAUUUUGGUUGUUUUCAGCAGAAUUGUGGAUCCUAUGUUGAAGAAAUUGCUAGAUUUCAUGGUGCGCUAGAUGCUUGAAUGGAAAAUUAGAGCAGAGAUAAGUUCUGUGAUUUGAUGUUGAAGACAAGGCAGAAAUUGGAGAUGAGAACUUCUUCGCACAAUAACCUACCAUUUGUUAUGAGCCAGAGACCGCAGAUUAACUGGUUAAUGUUGUGUGUAAUCACCGUCUUUGGCUUGAUUGCCCUCUCCAGAUCUUAUUUGUAUGGUAAAUUUGAUUCUGCUACUGCCUCAGCGAGACCUAAUAUUUAUUCAAGUUAUAGAAGGUUGAGAGCACAAGCAGUGAAUAAUUAUUUGGAGUUGAGAAAUUUGGGAGCUAAUCGUGUGAAUGACUACGGUCCGUGUGGGAAGGAAAUGGAGAAUGGUGUUCCUUGCUACAAUGUAUCUGCCAAUUUGCUAGCUGGUUUCAAAGAUGGCGAGGAGUUUGAUCGUCAUUGUGAAGUAUUGAGAAACACGCAGCAUUGUCUGACUCGUUCGCCUAAGGAUUAUAAGAUCCCAUUGACCUGGCCUGGUGGUAGAGAUGUUAUAUGGAGCGGAAAUGUGAAGCUGAGCAAGGAUCAGUUCCUUUCGUCUGGAAGCAAGAUGAAAAGACUUAUGUUGCUAGAAGAGAACCAAAUUGCUUUUCAUUCAAAUGAUGGAAUGACUGCUGAUGAUGUCAGAGAUUAUUCUAACCAGAUUGCCAAGAUGAUAGGACUGGGGAGUGACAAUGAGUUUCAUCAAGCUGGUGUGCGCAAUGUUUUAGACAUUGGCUGUGGGUUUGGUAGCUUUGGUGCGCAUCUGCUUUCACUUAAAUUGAUGGCUGUUUGUAUGGCGGCAUAUGAAUCAACUGGAAGCCAAGUUCAGCUAGCUCUCGAGAGAGGUCUCCCAGCAAUUAUUGGCAACUUCUUCUCGAGACAGCUACCUUUUCCGUCUUUAUCAUAUGAUAUGGUUCACUGUGCCCAGUGUGGCAUUUUCUGGGAUGACAAAGAUGGCAUGUUUCUUAUUGAAGUUGACAGAGUACUUAAGCCUGGAGGCUACCUUGUUUUGACCUCGCCUCGGAGCAGAGGACGCAGAAGUUCUCCGGGCUCCAAAAGGGGAAGUGCUUCAAGUCCUUUUGAACAAUUCAUCAAAACGCUUUGUUGGAAUCUUUUGUCUGAGCAAGACGGGACUUUCAUCUGGCAGAAAACUACAGAUUCUCAUUGCUAUGCUUCCAUCAAGGAUCUUUUCCCUCUAUGUGAGAGAGAGGAUGGCCUAUCAUACUACAAACCACUUGUGAAAUGCAUAAGUGGAACCACCAGCAAACAUUGGACACCAAUUCAGAACAGAUCUUCUGCUUCUCUGGACUUUCAAAUCCAUGGAAUUCAUCCUCAAGAAUUUUCUCAAGAUCUGGAGUUCUGGAGAUCCUCUCUGAGAAACUACUGGCCAUUGCUAUCUCCUUUGAUCUUCUCAGACCACCCCAAGAGGCCCAGUGAUGAAGACCCGGUCCCGCCUCACAACAUGGUCCGGAAUGUGAUGGACAUGAACGCGAACUACGGAGGCUUGAACGCUGCCCUACUGGAAGGUGGGCACUCAGUGUGGGUGAUGAAUGUUGUUCCUAUGGGUGAAAGCAGCACCCUCCCUUUCAUUCUUGAUCAAGGCUUUGCAGGUGUUGUACAUAACUGGUGUGAACCUUUCCCUACAUAUUCUCGGACAUACGAUAUGCUUCAUGCAAAGGGUCUGUUAUCCCACCUGGCUUCAGAUAAGUGCAGCAUUACCGAUCUGAUCUUCGACAUGGAUCGAAUUCUCCGGCCUGAGGGGUGGGUUGUCAUUUCCGACAAGAUCGAUCUGAUAGAGAAGGCAAGAACUGUUGCUGCUCGUCUUCACUGGGAAGCAAGGGUUAUCGACGUAGAUAACGGGACCGACCAGCGCCUACUCCUCUGCCAAAAACCAUUCUUCACAAACUGA